AUGGCAACCGCCAGCGAUGCGAAGGCCUUCAAGCAGGACUUGGUCGUUUCGAUACGAUAUCGAAAUGACCUGCCUCCCCCGCCGAUGGCUCCAAAGCUUCUCGACAUCGACACGGGCGGUCUUGCACAGUACCUGACCACCGGCUAUGCUUCAUCCCUCGCGAAACGAGAAGAACCAAACAUUGAGGUAGACGCAGAAGGCGGAAUGCCGAUAGAUAUGGUCGGUGUACCAGGCUACUUUCUAGGUGACGAGAGCGCGAUCAUGGCUCCAGAAAUCCAGCCAGUUCUGGAUCCUGCCGACCACGCCCUCCUGCUCUCGUAUGAGCAGCUCAAGAGUCAAGGCGCAAAGAAUAACGUUUCCUUCCUUCGAAAAACACAAUACAUGACUGCGUCGCAAAUGGCCCGAGCAAAUGACCCCUUGAUGCGAUCGACCGCUCGGGCACGAAAACCUGAAAACAAACCCGCCCCGGCGCCGGUGGUUCGCGACGACCCAGACAACAUUAAACGACACAUACAAAAAGGCUUCGACCUCGCCUACCCAGAUAGCAUACCCUACAACCCGCCCGAAGCAAAGGCGAACCCGAUAACUGCGCAAGAGCGUGAAGCAUGGAAUAACCCAGUUCACCCUGAUAACCCGCGCCUCAAACCGGUCGAAUACUUCCCCGUCCUACCGGACCUCGACGCGACCACGGAUUUGGCGAGCAACUGGUGGGCUUUGAAGUUCGAAAAGCCGCCGUUGCCACCUAUUCGUGGCCGGCGCGACGACCGUAUCGACCUUGGUCUGCUCAUGAGCACCGAGAACACAGCUGAGAUAGCCAAGUGGCGCGCCAAAAAGAAGGCCUUCGACGAACACCCAGAGCUCUACGAGGACCCUGGUCAAGAGCCGUACCUGUGGUCACUCAACAUCCCAAAGCAACCAGAUUCUACUUCGCGCUUGCGCAAGAUUUUCGACGACAGCAAUCCUUCCAAGGACGAUCCCAGCUUAUACGCUCCCCUCCUGGAAGAAUCCGCAGAUGGGUCGCAGCGUCUUCCAUUUGAACGAGUGCGCGUGUACACUUCUGCGACUCAAACCGUCGUAGAUCCUCGACGUAUCAUGGCCGUCUCACUCGUCAGCCAGGAUAAACUACAGCCCGAUUCGAGGUUUUACAAACAGGGCAACGCGGCGUACUACUACCCUAUCAUUGAGCGAGUGAGAAUGAAGGCGGACCGAGCGAAUCUGAACAAGGCCCGAAGCUACGACGAAGCCGAAGAACUGCCUGUUCCCGACCAGCUAAUGGUCAUGUUCGAAGAGCCCGGCCCUGCUGAGAAGGUGGGCAGGUAUCAAUUCCGUGGAGACUACGAUGACGCUUUUGCGGACGAGUACGCUGAGAUCGUGCGUGCUGGAGAGGCUGCCGCCGAGGCUGCACGUGCAGAACAAAUUCUUCAAGAGCAAGGAGAGCUUCACGCGGGCGCACAGGAUGUAAGCAUGGAGGAGGUGCAGCACGGAGAGGACAUGGACGUCAGUACGUCCAACGGUAUACGGCACAAGGACAGAGACGAUGACAGGAACACGCCACCAGCCAAUGGAGAACGGAGGGACGCCGACGACGAAGAUGACGACGAGGAUGCAAUGCACGAUGACUGA